GCCGGCUCACUCGCGCGCGCGCUCCCGCCACCGCCACCACGGUUAGCCAUGGAGCGGCCGCCGCUGCCCGCCCUGCUCCUUGGCGCCGCCGGGCUGCUGCUCCUGCUCCUGCCCCUCUCCUCUUCCUCCUCUUCGGACGCCUGUGGCCCCUGCGAGCCGGCCGCCUGCCCGCCCCUGCCCCCGCGAGGCUGCCCGCUGGGCGAGACCCGCGACGCGUGUGGCUGCUGCCCGGUGUGCGCCCGCGGCGAGGGCGAGCCGUGCGGGGGCGGCGGAGCCGGCAGGGGGCACUGCGCGCCGGGCAUGGAGUGCGUGAAGAGCCGCAAGAGGCGGAAGGGUAAAGCCGGGGCAGCAGCCGGUGGCCCGGUGGUGAGCGGCGUGUGCGUGUGCAAGAGCCGCUACCCGGUGUGCGGCAGUGACGGCAUCACCUACCCCAGCGGCUGCCAGCUGCGCGCCGCCAGCCUGAGGGCCGAGAGCCGCGGAGAGAAGGCCGUCACCCAGGUCAGCAAGGGCACCUGCGAGCAAGGUCCUUCCAUUGUGACGCCCCCCAAGGACAUCUGGAACGUCAGUGGCGCACAAGUGUACCUGAGCUGUGAGGUCAUCGGCAUCCCAACCCCCGUCCUCAUCUGGAACAAGGUAAAAAGGGGUCACUAUGGAGUUCAAAGGACAGAACUCCUGCCUGGUGACCGAGACAACCUGGCCAUUCAGACCCGGGGUGGCCCAGAAAAGCAUGAAGUAACUGGCUGGGUGCUGGUAUCUCCUCUUAGUAAGGAAGAUGCUGGAGAAUAUGAGUGCCAUGCAUCCAAUAGCCAAGGACAGGCUUCAGCAUCAGCAAAAAUUACAGUGGUUGAUGCCUUACAUGAAAUACCAGUGAAAAAAGGUGAAGGUGCUGAGCUGUAAGCCUGCGGAAUAUAUUAGCUUGCAUAGCUGAAGUAGUCACGGAUCACUCCAGCCCAUGUUCUUGCCUAGUAACCAGUUUCUUUUCAUCCAGUCCACUAGUACUUUAGUUAUAUUCACUGGUUUUACACAGUGAAAUAGAAAGUAAAGAUAACACAUCAAGACUAUCUACAAAAAUUUAUUUCCUAUUUACAAAAGAAGAAGAGCAUGCUUAUCAUUAAACAAAACAAAUAAACUGCUUUUCUCACAAGGCA